AAAAGCCCGUGGCACGGAUAAUUCAAAUUGGGAACCCGCUUUUUGCUUUUCAUCUACGUGCAACGUCGCUGGGCUUAUAGCCACUCGCAGUGGUAGAGGAAUAAAUUGAAAGAAAAGAGCGCAACACGGUAUGCACCGCACAAAGCUUGUGAGCUUCGUUUUGGGAAGAGCAAGUUCCCACGCAGCCUCAGAGUUCUGGACAAGAGAAGAGGGAUGAGGAGCUUGGCGCUGCUGAUCUUCGUGGUCGCGGCGGCGCUGCUCACGCCGGAAGAGAAGGCCGGAUGCGAAGGAAAGGGGGCGAGCGGGUAUGGGGAGCCGGCCAACUGUAGGCGGCUCGAGUGCGCUCCGUAUCGGGUCGUUCUCUCCCGGAGCGAGUUCGAGAUCAGGAGGUACCGGAGCGCUUCGUGGAUCUCCACGCCCCCUAUCAACUCUAGCUCCUACGAGUACGCCGUCCGCAGGGGCUUUGACAUCCUCUUCUCCUACAUCCAAGGCAACAACAAGCAAGGAGCCAAAUUGGACAUGACGGCCCCGGUUCUGGUGCACGUAUUCCCGUCCACGGGCCCCUUCUGCAACUCCUCCUUCGUGGUUCAUUUCUACGUGCCCAAGAAAUACCAACCCGACCCGCCUCUCUCCGACCAGGUCCGUCCCGUGAAGCUGCCGGGCCGCCACAGCUAUGCCGGCGUCAGGAGGUUUGGCGGCUUCAUGAACGACUCCAACAUCCCCGCCCAAGUCUCCGCCUUGGAGAAGAGCCUCGAGGCGGCUAAGGGAAAUGACAGCAGCACGCUGAGGAAGCACCACCGAGUGACAGCGUGGUAUAGCGUGGCUGGAUAUAAUUCGCCGUUUGAGUACGAGAACCGCGUGAAUGAGGUUAUUUUGUGGUUUGACUAGCAGGGCUUUUCGCGGGAAAUUCUACCAAGACGAAUUUCCUGAUCAUUAAGAGUAUUUCGUAUACACUCAUUUGCUAAUGUCGAUUUCUAUGGAUUACAUACGAUUCCGUAUGUCAAUUUUUGAACAGUUUGAAAGGUUUCGAGUACUCCGAGCUGAAAUUUAUGAGAUCAAAAUGAAAUAAAUUUUGCUGAUACAUACUUAUUAAUCUUAUAAUAAAAACGUGGGAAGGAUUUUGGGUA